AUGAAAGAGCGGCAGUCGUUGGAUGCGAUCAAGAAGGUGAAAAUAUCCGCGGAAAAACUGGACAAGCAAGGAAUCCUGCUGUCGGUUGAUGGUUAUACGACGUUUAAAGAGUUCGUUCUGAUUGUAAUUUUGCUUGUGAAAUCAUCACUGUCAUCAGUGUGUUUUCUCUUAUUUCAGUUAAAGAUUGGGAAGUAUGCAGCUGGGCAGAGCCGAAAGGCUUGA